CACAGGUUGGCAAUGGAUACGAAAUGAAAUCUCAUAUGUGGGAACGCAUUUUUCCAAUAAAGGUAAUUGAUUGGAAAUUUACUAUAUAACUAUGAAUGGGUGUACGGAAUUGUCUACAGCGUCACCUUAUUUACAUCUGGUCACUAGCACCGAGUUACCUGUUCAAAUAUAAGGCGAGGCAAUCAGAGAGAAACGAGGCGUCAAAAAUUAUCUAAUUUGGUUGAGGAUGGUUAAGAAAACUGUCCACGAAUCCUUACAGGCUUAGAGCUGUUGUAAUGAACUCUGCUCCCUGGCUAAGUGAAAAGGAAGCAUAUGUAUAGCUUGAUUGAGUCGACUUACAGCUGCUGUAAAUGAACUCUGCUCUGUGAGUGAAAAGGAGAGUAAGGGCUGCAAUUUUAACGGAAAAUGGGACUGAGUGCGUUAUUGUGUAAAUCAAAGACGUGGAUAUGGGGCAUAUUCAUCCUGACAAGCUCCGUGCUUUAUCUGAUAUAUCUUCAAGAGCUGCGUGUAGGUGAGCAGAAAACAAUUCAUGAGAGAAAACAUCUGAAUGGAAGAAGUAAGCAAUCCAAACCGAUAUAUCGACCUGACGAUACCACUCAAUUUAUCGACACAAAAAACCAAACAAAGAUCAUAACUUUAUUUAAUGAUGAAUGGGGAUUUUUUGCCAAAGGAACUGACCGUUUGUUUGAAAAGCUACGCUGUCCGGUUUCAAAUUGUAUCCUCACUCUCGAGAGGGAGAAAUUUUUCCAUGGAAGUGAUGCAGUUGUCUUUAACAUCCCCCCUCUGGUAAGGUCCAAUCAAUUUCAACGAUAUUUGCUUGAUUUGCAUUCUUUAAGGCGCAACACAAAACAGCGUUGGGUAUUCUACACCCACGAGAGCCCUUGUUUUAGGGGAUUUGCGGAAAGAUGGCAAGAGAUGUAUUCAUUUUGGCAAAUGGGAUUCAACUGGACGAUGACAUAUAGGCAGGAUUCUGACAUCCCGAUCCAGUAUGGCAGUAUUAUGAGGAGAGAAAAACCUAUGAAAAGAGAUUUUGUAGAUGUUGCAAAAAGAAAAAGUAAACUUGUCGCUUGGUUUACUUCUCAUUGCCAGACAUUCAGUCGACGAGAAGAUUAUGUGAAAGAACUUCAGAAAUAUAUACCGGUGGAUAUAUAUGGCACGUGCGGAAAAUUGAAAUGUAAUACUGGUUUGCCAAAAACCAGUUAUUAUGGACCGCUAAAUAGUGAAUGUCUGCAGAUUGUAAAUAACACAUAUAAAUUUUAUUUGUCAUUUGAAAAUGCGUUUGCAACGGAUUACAUCACCGAAAAAUAUUUUAACACUGUGCCAUUGGACGUCAUUGCAAUAGUGAGAGGUGGUGCCAACUACAGUCGACUCGGUAUUUCAGCGUUCAUGUAUAUCGACACCCGUAAUUUUAACAGCCCACAAUCCCUGGCAUCUUAUAUACUGUCAUUAGACAACAACGUGACUGAAUAUGCAAAACUCUUGAAUUGGAAGAAUUAUUAUACUGGUACAUCGUAUUUACCAAGCACGAGAAAACACUGGUGUGAGCUGUGCCGCAAACUCCACGAGGACAAAUCACUUAGUAUGCGUAACGAUAUACAAAACUGGUAUAAUGAAGACGAAUGCCGCAAACCAACAGAUAUAGGUUUGUGA